AUUACUACACUGCCAAAUGGGCUUGCGCCAGUGAGGAUGUUUUGGCCUUUUUUACACCUGUUUGGUUGAGCCCUUUGGAGAAUGCAUAUCUAUGGAUCACUGGUUGGAAGCCGUCAAUGAUUUUGAGGCUUGUUGAUUCGCUAAGGAAAGGCCAAGUACCCGGUGCAACAAGUCUGGCUGAUUUGAGUGAAGAGCAAGUGAAAAAGAUUGAAGGUUUGAGGAGCAGGAUUAGGGUGGAUGAGGAGAAGGUGGAGAGGGAGAUGGAAAGGCAGCAAGUGGCCAUGGCGGAUAGGAAGAUGGUGGAGCUGGCGAGGCUGGUGAGUUUAACCAAGAAUGGCGAGCACCUGGCGGCGGCCUCGAGUAGUCAGAUCAAUGGGCUUGUGGAGAUGGCGAUAAAAGAGCUGCUGGCUGGCUUGGAAAAAGUGAUGAAAAUGGCUGAUUGUGUGAGGCUUAAGACUCUGAAAGGAGUGUUGGAUGUGUUGAAUCCAAUGCAGAGUGCGGACUUCUUGGCUUCUUCAUCAGUGCUGCAAAUUCAGAUGAGAAAAUGGGGGAAGAAAAGAGAAAAAAGGUCCGUUGAUGAAUGUGAAAAUCACAAGUAGCUAGUAAUUAUGUUUAGUAGAAUCUAGUUGGUGCAUAAUAUAUGUGUGAUAUAUGCACCGGUAAUCAGGCACGGAUUUAAGGGGGGGCUGGUGGGGGCUUAAGCCCCCCCCCCAAGCCUCCGGAAAACCCCCUAUAUAUAGGGGAUUCCAAAUGUUUGCUUCUAAAAUGCAGUAGGUAACUAGGUAGGUAGGUAGGUACUACCUUUCUCUUCCUAUGUGUCUCUUAGGAUACUGGUAUUAUUGUCUGAAAUUUUCAAUAGUUAUUUAUGUUUUCACCUGCUGGUGAUGUAAUAACUUGGAUUUUCCUAAAAUGUUUUGAGCAGGUCUGAACUCUGUAGUUAUUCAUCAUAUAUUCUGGACUUUGUUAGA